UGUGGUAAGACAUAUGAAGUGUCUACUAAACAUGUUCAUUAGAAACUUGGUAACUGGGAAGUCGGGCUCAGAGCCAUGAUGGCAGAGGUGACCCAGUAUGUAGUGCUGGUGUGGGGCGGUAGAGUCCCAUUCGAGACUGAGCCACGAGCACAUCCUCCAUCCUCAGAGCCCCUGCCACCGUGGGCCGCGAGUCUGGGAACCUGAUUAAAGAUGCAGAACAUUGUCCCCUACAGCUUGUCGCCCAUUGAGCAGCAUGCCUUCCCUGAGUACUUCAGCAAAGCCAUCCCCAAAGUGCUGCACAGAACACUCGGGCGCAUCCUCACAUGGCUCCGCCAUUCUGUGGUGUCCAAUCCGAUCUACAUAUGGGGGAACCAGGAGUUCGAGUAG